AUGAAUGCAACUCCGAAAAGCACCUGUGAAAUACUGUUUGUAAGUGUUGUUAUUUUUAACCGCGGAACUAAGGAAAAUGUGAUAAAAUCAAUGAUUGAUCAGGUCACGUAUCAUCAUAAGAGCAUUGAUGAAUUUUAUCAGCGUGGAGAAAGUUGCAAAGUUUUAAUAUCUGAUGAUUUCACUAAACAGCAUCUUGAAGAAGUCCGAACAAGUUUUCAGCUCUUUCAAGUGAAUAGUUCAAAAGCAUUUUCCUCAAUAUCUAAAGCUCACCCUUGGCUUGAGAAAAAUGGAAAUGCUAAAACAGCAAUGAUAAAUGGUUGUCCACUACCUAGAAUGCAGUAUGUUAGCCAGUUUCUCACAAGUUUGGAAUACUCUCAGAUGAAUAUUGUUUUCAUUGAUACAGAUACGCUUAUUUUAGGAGACUUACGAGAAAUAUUCAUCACUCAUCCGGACUUAGAUCUAGGCUUUACUAUGGGAGGUCACUACGUAAAAAAACAAGAUCCAAAUCAUUUCAUAAACGUUGGUGUUAUUUUCAUCAGUGAAAAUAGAGCUUCUUCAAAAUUUUUGAGUUUUGUUAGCGAGUAUUGCACCAAAAUGAGUACAGAGUUAUCCCAACAGGUUAUCUUGGACCAAUACUCCACAUUUCAAGCUUUGGAGAGGUAUAAAGUAGAGACAAUUACGGGUUCACUAAUGGGUAGGAAACUUGUUGGAGACUGUGUUCCAGUCAAAUUUACUUUGAAUUCAAGGUCACUCCGUGUCUAUUUUCUCAGUGAGGAAUAUAAUACCCCUGGCAGAAAACUCUAUAAAACAAGCAGGGUUGCUCAUUUUGCUGGUGGUGCGAGAGAGAAAAUGCUCAUGAUAAGCUUAGGAAAGGUUCUUCUGAGAGAAGGUGUUGAGAAUUUCAAGCAAAGAUAUGCUCAUAGAACUUUCAAAAAGUCACGAGUUCAGCCUAAUUUUCCGACGAAGUGUACAACGUAA